AUUAGUAAAAAGCGUUUCAAUGGAUUGGCCUGAAUUUCUAGAAAGUUCAAACCCCCAGGAGCCAACCAUUGAUCUGUCUCAGAUCAAUAAGUGGACUCCUGAGGAGAAACAAGUUUUUGAGAAUGCUUUUUCUAGGUUUAAUAACCUAGGUUCUCAAACUUUUUUCGAAUUUGUUGCUUCAAAAUUCCCCCAUAAAUCCAUGGAGGAAAUGAAAAACCUCUACAUAAACCUCUUUAAAGAGGCUGAAAUGGAGAAUCCUUCGAUAAACACAAAUGUUGUUGAUAACUCAUCAGACAAGGAGGCCAAUCUCAAUGACAAACCACCACCUCCAGUUCAAAUCAGUCAUUCACGACCUCAUCGACGGGGAAUUCCAUGGACUGCAGGAGAACACUCGUUAUUUCUUAUGGGACUUAACAAAUUUGGUAGAGGAGAUUGGAAAAGCAUCUCAAGGCACUAUGUUGUUUCGAAGACACCGACUCAGGUGGCAAGUCAUGCUCAAAAGUACUUCUGUCGUCGUACUAGUAAGACUCCAGUGGAUCGUCGUCGCCCUAGCAUCAAUGACAUUCAAACUGUCACAGUUAAUUCUACAAGGACGACAACAACAACUGCUUCUAACAACAAUGAUCAAGUUGGUUCAUCAUCAAGGUCUUUUCGCUACGCUAAUUACACAUUUGGUGGUCCAACUUUUGCUAACAACUCCAAUGGAAAUUUUGGGAUAUAUCAUCCAGGGGAAGCAUCUGGAAGCAACUCGUUCAUUUUGAAACAAAACAACAACAACAACAACAAUCUCCAUAGGCCUGUGUCACCUCGCCCUUUUCUUUCCAUGUACUUGUCUUCUACUAGGGGGAAUAACCCCCAAGCUAAAUAGAAUAGGGCAUCUAUUGUGUUCAAGUUUUAGAGUAACAAAAAGUUGGUGUUUUAGUUUUUAUUAAGUAA